GACGUAAUUUCCGUCCGUAUAUGUGUGCUCGUUUUUCGUCAGUGUUGUAGCCAACUUUAUUUGUGUUCACUGCAUUGCACAGUGAAGGCAUGGAAAAAAAUCCUAAUGGAAUUAUUUUACAAUUAAGUUUUAUGUUGUGCAUUUUAUAGUCAGGUUUGUGUAGCGGGCGUGUAAACAUGAAAAUCACGGACAGCGUAUUAAGGAGUUUCAGGGUUGCGAGAACAUAUCGAGAAAAUUCGGAUAAAGUCAAUUGUUUAGAAUACAGUCCGAAUGGUGAGAACGCCAUCUCAAGCAGCGACGACGACCGCAUUGUAUUGUAUGAUAUCACCCAAGGAAAACCCAUCGAGACAUUGUACAGCAAGAAGUAUGGCGCAGAUUUGAUCCGAUACACACAUGGAGAUUCCCACAGAGUCAUCUACAGUUCCAAUAAACUGGAUGAUACAAUACGUUAUCUGUCACUGACUGACAACAAGUACAUCAGAUAUUUCCCCGGUCACACUGCAAGAGUCACUGCUCUCUCCAUGUCACCUGUGGAGGACAUGUUUAUUUCUGGUUCAUUGGAUAAGACAAUCCGCAUCUGGGAUCUACGGACUGAAAAUGUUCAGGGUCUAACAGAGCCCCUCAACAGACCCAUUUGUUCCUUUGAUCCAGAUGGGCUCGUUUUUGCUGUAGGAGUGGAUUCACAGUCCAUUAAACUGUAUGAUGUCCGUGCUUUUGCCAAGGGUCCAUUUAAUUCGUUUGAAAUGAUGCUGAAUCGCGCCUGUGGAUGGACCGGGCUGAAGUUCAGCAAUGAUGGGAAACAGAUUCUCAUCUCAACCAAUGGGGGGAUGAUCUGCGUCGUCAACGCUUUCACUGGAGAUGUGAUGCACAAAUUUUCUGGCUACAACAACAGCAGAGGCUUAAACCUGGAGGCAUGUUUCACCCCCGACUCCCAGUUUGUCAUGAUCGGCUCAGAGGACGGGAGAGUCCAUGUUUGGAGCACAGAGAACAAGAUGAAGGUCGCUGUGCUGGAUGGCAAACAUCCGGGACCUAUCAGCGCCAUGCAGUUUAACCCCAGAUACAUGACUUUUGCCACUGCCUGCAGCAAUAUGACAUUUUGGCUCCCGAGUGUUGAUGACAUGUAAAGAUGCAACUAUGGUUUUCCAUGAAACUAUUUUACUUUGUAAUGUGUGCGUACAAUGUGCCAACAUCAGACACUUUAAUGCUUCCUUUGAACCUUUUUUAACCUCAGGCUAAUGUUGGCAAAAGUCAUGUAUGCUGUUUGUUUUAUGACGUUUUACCUAAAAGUAUUUUUUUAAAUUUAAACAUCAAGUUUUUUUAUAUAUAUAUAUAUAUAUAUGUGUAUAUAUAUUGUAUUAGCACAGUUUAAUUUUUAUCAGUGUUUUUUCAUUGAAAUGUAAUAACCUUUAUUGUGAAAAAAAUAAAUGCUUUUUGUUUUUUAAUUUUGUGAUAA